CGCCCGGCCGCGGUGCGCCCCUCGGCUGUCCCCGGUGCUCCGCGGCUGCACCGCCGGGUUCCGGGCUGUCUGCGCCCUCACGGCGGGAGCUGCGGCGGGCGGCGAUCCGAGCUCUCCGGUAUUCCGUCCCCGGGGAGCCGCCGGGCACCGAGCGGGCUGCGGGUAGGGAUUUUAGUGAAGACCGACUUGUCGCGAUGAGUUUUCUGCUGCCCAAACUGACCUGUAAGAGGGAAGUGGAUCAGGCAAUAAAAAGCGUCGCUGAGAAGGUUUUGGUUCUCCGUUUUGGAAGAGAUAAUGAUGCUGUCUGUCUGCAGCUCGAUGAUAUUCUUGCAAAAACAGCUCAUGACUUAAGUAAAAUGGCAGUCAUUUACCUGGUGGAUGUGAACAACGUCCCAGUGUACACCCAGUAUUUUGACAUCAGUUAUAUUCCAUCUACUGUAUUUUUCUUCAAUGGACAACACAUGAAGGUUGAUUAUGGGUCUCCAGAUCACACCAAGUUUGUAGGAAGCUUCAGAACAAAGCAGGACUUUAUAGAUCUGAUUGAAGUGAUUUACCGAGGAGCAAUGCGGGGAAAGCUCAUUGUGAGAAGCCCUAUUGAUCCCAAUAACAUUCCUAAAUACGACCUUCUCUACCAAGAAAUUUAAUGGCUUGACCUGAGAUAAGAAUUACACAAAUGGACGAUGCUGUAGAUCCCUUUUUCCUUUGAGCACUUUUGGCUUCCUCUGACAUUGUGGGACAGUUUGAGCAUUUAUCCCGAAGGAUCAUAUUGGUCUCCUUCUGAAAACAGAUAUUCUGUUACCUCAUGCUUCUGUAGUAAAUAAAGUACAUGUUCAUGCACAGAG